AUGUGGGGCUUAAUUUUGAUUGAAUCUUUUUGGGUGUCCAAGGCGACAAAGAACAAACGGAUUGAUCGGAAUCUACAGGUGAAGGAAGAGGAAGAUAUUGCCAAAGCAAUAGCCCUCUCUUUGAAUGAUGCCCAAAAUGCUACACCGCAAGGACAAGUGCAGCCGCAGUCUUCAGCAUCAACAGCUUAUCCCACCCUUCAAUCGAAUGUCGCUAUCUCGAAUGGGAAGAAAGAUUUGGGAUGCGUUCGUGCUCUAUUCGAUUUCGAAGCGGCGGAGGACAACGAACUCACCUUCAAGGCAGGGGAUGUCUUUAAUUUGCUGGAUGAUUCUGAUCCGAAUUGGUGGAAGGGGAGUAACCACAAUGGGGAGGGUCUUUUCCCCGCUCAGUUCGUCACUCGUGAUUUUGAUGGGGAGAAGGAGAAAGUUGAGACGAAAAAUGGGGUGAAGGGGGAGAAUGAUGCGGGAGAAACCUCUCAAAAACCCGUGAAAAUCGACCCUCAAUUGGUGGAAAACUGUUUAGAGAUGUUGGGCGAUGCGGACACGACGGGUGUAUCUCGUCCUGACCCAGAAGAUUUGCCUGCUAUGGAACAGCAGUGUCGAGCCAUGGAGCCGCUUAUUGAGGCCGAGCUGGAAGGUGUCUACACGCGAAUCAGUGAGGUAGAUGCGUUGAAACAGAGGUUGACAGAAGCGCUGGCCCAGUACCAUGAGCUGGUAACGGCGAGAACAAUGGCUGCUCAACCGCAGCCGUCGCAAUUGUUCCCACAAACGGUGGCAGCAGGAUUUCCUAAUCCUACACUCAAUUCGUCGGGUGGGUAUGGCUUUGGUGGCCAGGGACCCGUACCCUCUGCUGCCUAUCCUCAAUCGAUGAUCUACCAACCAGUACCGGCUCCCAAACCGCCAACCGGCAAUCCACCUUAUCAACCCGCUCCCGUACCCCAACCAAUGCCCCCUGCUGCCGUUCCUGCAGUCGGUACCGGUGGUGUUCCCACAAUGUACGGUGCUCCGAUGCCCAUGUAUGGCCAACCUCCCCCUGCCUACGGAUAUACCAUGGAUCCGAACGCUUGGCAACAGCAACCAAUUCCGCCUCAGGUGCAACCAACACAUCCAAAUCUGCAGCAACCCGUACCGCCGCAGCAUAUGCAGAAUCCCACCGUCUAUGGGGCACCGCCAACUAAUCCUUCUGCAGCCGCGUACAAUGUGGGUUAA